GAGUUUUCUUACCAAUUCUCGCUGUUGCCGUUUUGGUGUUAGCUCUUACUUUCCAUCAUCCGGCGUUUUCGGGUGACUCCACAAUGUCCGAAAUGUUUAUAAACGAUCCUCUUAUCUCCGUUUAUUGUAUCGCAUGAGCACGACUCUUUUUUCCCUUAUAAUGUCAUCUCGGUCUUUUCGUUAUUUUGUCUUCGAUCCAACUAAUACACCGUCAUAUAUCCGUAUAAUCUCGACAUUCCUGCCCUUCUUGCGGACAUGAUCUGCGUCUGCACUGUUUGCUUGCUCUACAUACCAACCAAUUCCACCGGUCUAAUCUACGAAUUGGCCGUCUCAAUACACCGUCGGAAUUAAUUACUUCCGUCAAAAGCAUCCAACUCAGUUCUUUUCUUUACAAUGGACAUCAAUUCUAUCGUAUUACAAACAUCAAGGAUGGAAGGGGAUCCUCCUCUGCCUCCUCCUCAACCCCGGAAACGUCGCAGGCCGGCCCUGUCCUGUAUUCAAUGUCGACGUCGGAAGAUAAAAUGCGAUCGAAACAUGCCAUGUGGCCAAUGUAUCUCAUCAAAGACAUCAGAAUGCCAAUAUAGCUCCGAUCCAGCUCCACAGUCCAAAAGAUCCCGGGUUAAUGAGAAUGGCCAAUACCCUGUUACAUCUUCAGCCGUAGGCCACAGCCCUGGAAGUACCACCCAUGCAUCACCAAACAGCAAUGGCGGGACAGAUAAUGCAAUCAGGGGUAUUUUACCGAAUUCUACAAGCUUCUGGGCUGAAAGAACCACUAUCGAUGAAGGGCCACUUCCACUUCGUGGACAGACCACUGCACCACGUCAAACCCCUUCGGACCCAACUGUACAAGCUCUUCUAGACAGAGUACAUAAGUUGGAACAGAUAAUAUCUGAGAAUGAUGCUAUGGAUGCUGGCCCAAGUCUAGUUAACGCUCCAUACGUCAGAGGCCCUAGCUUAAGGGGAAGUCUUUCCAAAACAAGAUUCUUCGGGCAAAGUCAUUGGGUGAACUCAAUUGAUCAAUCUAACCAUCUGAACAAACUCAAAGAACUUGGGCCAUUAAGUAAGGGAGGGGAAGUUUUUGAUUUAUUGAACAAAUGCAAGGCAUUGGGUAAAAAGGCAAAGGAAUUUAGAAGUGCGAAAUCGUUAGUACCAAGUGAAUACCGUGGUUAUGUCCCGGAGAAGGAGAUAUCCGAUCGUCUCGUCAACGCAUAUUUUCGAACUUUUGAAUCCGUCUAUCGAAUAUUACAUAUUCCAACAUUUGAAGAGGAAUAUGCAUCUUAUUGGAAGGAUCCUGAGGCAGCAGAUAUGGCUUUCGUCAUAAAGUUGCUACUGGUGAUGGCCAUCGGAACAACCUUUUACGAAGAUCCUAUACAGGCCAGUUCUUUACAUCCACAAGCUGAAUAUUGGAUUGCUGCGGCUCAAGCUUGGGUAUCAGCACCAUUCGAAAAGCACCGUCUUAACAUUGUAGGUCUGCAAAUUCAUUGUCUGCUUCUUGUAGCUCGUCAAGUGAAAUCCGUUGGAGGCGAUCUCACAUGGAUAUCUUCUGGUUCUGUCUUUCAUUUGGCUAUGUCCUUGGGUCUCCAUCGUGACCCGGUACACUUUCCCAAGAUGGGCGCAUAUCACGCAGAAAUGCGAAGACGACUUUGGGCAACAGUCUUGGAACUCUCUUUACAAUCAAGUCAAGAUCUUGGAAUGUCACCUUUAAUCAAUACACAAGAUUACGACACGCAGCUACCAGCGAAUAUCGAUGAUUCGGAAAUCAGUGAAACAACCAAAAAAGUACCAGUGUCAAAACCCGUAACGACAUUUACUCGAACUUCAAUUCAAAUAUCCCUCAUGAGGACCUUCUGUACGAGGCUCGAAAUAGCAAAGGCCGUCAACAGCUUCAGAAAUGAAACUUCAUACGAAGAUACGUUGCGUCUAGGAUCUACGCUCUCAGCAGCUAGUCGCUCUAGCUCUGCAUUACUUCAGUCAUUCCUUAGAUCUAAUUCUGAACAAAAGCCAAACCCUUUUCAAAUCAAGCUUCAUGACUUUUACUCAACUCAUUUCCUUUUAGCAUUGCACAGGCCUUACGCAAUUAAAGCCAAGGUCAACCCAACCUAUUACUUUUCUCGAAAAGUCUGCCUCGAAACCUCUUUAUCUCUUCUUGCACCAGCAGUAUCAAUUCCGGGGCAAUCAAACGUAUCCCAGCCUGACGAUUGGACCCUGUUUACCUGGAUUUCAUCCGGUGUCAUAAAGGGGAGCUACAUACAUGCACACAUAGGCCUUGGCCUUGAACUAAACCAACAACUUGAAGAGGAUCCUCCACUGUCUUUAUCAAUCAACCCACCACCACCUCAACAAGUAGAAAUUCUACGCGUACUUAAGAUUGGACGUGAUUGGUCUUCUGAACGAAUAAUGAGAGGCGACACUAAUAUUAAAGGGCAUGUGUUCAUAUCCUGCAUAUGCGGUCAAGUUGAAGCUCUCCAGAAGGGUGCUUGUCCUAAUGAGGCAAUCAUAACCGAAGCUCGGAAGAGUGUAAACCAUUGCUUACAGUUAAUGAUGGAUAAAUACAAAGACCAAGAAACGCAGACAAGUGCAGUAGCAAAUUGUAAUCUAUCAGUGGAUUCCGGUCUCAACGGUGUCGGCUGGGACGCAAUGAUGCAAGACCCAAAUGUCAACUUCAAAUUUCCAGGAGACUGGGUCUUCUCUGGGUGGGAGGAUGGUAAUUUUAUGAUUUGAUAUGGUCGGUCCGUUUAUUUGUAUAAUUAGCUUCAGGAUAAAUCAGUGUAUUUACACGGCAAAUAGAAAUUUAUCAUUGAUUACA